AUGCCCUCCACACCCAACCUCCUCCCCGCCCUAGGGCACGCCGCCUCCGGCGCAGCCGGCACCGUCGUCUCCACAGCCGCGACCUACCCCUUGGACCUAGUCAACACGCGACUCAAAGUGCAGCGGCAGCUCGCACGGGACGGGAGCAUGGAUGCGGCAGACGCGUAUGAGGGUGUACUGGACGCUUUUGGAGCGAUAUACUCGAGGGAGGGAGGGGUGAAGGCGUUUUUUGCGGGACUGGGGGCGGACGCGGGGAAGAGUGCGGUGGAUAGUGGGUUGUUUUUUUUAUUUUAUACUUGGUUCCGCGCGCGUCGGCUGGCUGCACACAAGAGUGUGCCGUACCUAGGCGUGGCCGAGGAACUCGCCGUGGGCGCGGCUGCGGGCGCAUGUGCGAAAUUGUUUACUACGCCGGUCAGUAAUGUCGUGACGCGGCGGCAGACGGCUAGUUUGCUGCAUUCUUCUUCGUCUUCGUCGCCGUCUUCUACCAUACAACCCGAAACCGAAAAGUCUGAACCCGAAGCUGGAACCAAGUCGGAAGCCGAAUCAACAACCACACCUCCACCCCAGCCCACCGACCUCACCCUCACCCAACACCUCUCCGCCCUCCGUCGAGAGCGCGGCCUCCGCGGUCUCUGGGCCGGCUACUCCGCCAGUCUAGUCCUAACCCUCAACCCGAGCCUGACCUUUUUCCUGCAGCAGGCCAUACGACGGGUGCUACUCUCCCGCGGCCAGGGCAAGCGUAAUGGGGAUAGCGAUAGCACAGAUGACUUGAGCGCGGCGACGACAUUCUUCUUGGCGGCGGGGAGUAAAGUGGUUGCGACGGCUGUGACGUAUCCGUUUUUGGUUGCUAAGGCGAGGAUGCAGGUGUCGGCGGGGGGCGGUGCUAGUACGGAAGAUGAUGGGGAGGAUAAAGGGGACGGUAAAAAGAAGAGGGGGAAUAUCUUUGCAACGGUGUGGCGGAUUGGCAAGGCGGAAGGGGUAUCGGCGUUGUAUGACGGUAUCAGUGGCGAGCUGCUCAAGGGGUUCUUCAGUCACGGCACGACAAUGCUAGCGAAGGAUGUCAUCCACCGGUUCAUUGUGCAGGUGUACAUGGCCGUGGUGGCGUUGUUGCUGCGGAAUCCGCAGUGGGUGUUGCCGGUCAUCACGACGGUGGGUAGGGUGCGUCAGGGGCUGAGGAAACGGGUUGGAAAGGCGUAG